GCCGCCUGCUCAUCAUGCGCCGGCCGGUCUUGCUCCUCUUGCUCCUCCCGGCAGCCUUCGCGGCGGAGGCGGCCAACAAGUGUAACAUCUGCAAGGACAUUGUCAACCGCUUCAACCAGGGAUUAGUAGAAACGGCAAAGAAGAAUUUUGGUGGUGGAAACACAGCUUGGGAGGAAAAGACCCUGUCAAAAUACGAAUCCAGUGAAAUUCGACUGGUAGAAAUUAUUGAGAAGUUGUGUGACAGCAGUAAUUUUGAAUGUAACAACAUGGUGGAAGAGCAUGAAGAACAUAUUGAGAACUGGUGGUUCAAAAUGAAGAAGAAAUAUCCUGAUUUACUUAAGUGGUUGUGUGUGGAAACAAUUGAAGUUUGUUGCCCUCCAGGAACAUACGGACCAGACUGUCUUGCUUGCGUCGGUGGGUCGGAGAGGCCGUGCCACGGGAACGGGCGCUGCGACGGGGACGGCAGCCGGGGCGGGGACGGUUCAUGCAGCUGCAGCCCGGGCUAUUCCGGCCCCUUCUGCCUGGACUGCGCCCACGGUUACUUCAGCACGCUGAGGAACAGCUCACAUGCCGUCUGCACCGCCUGCCAUCAAGCUUGUACAACUUGUACUGGUUCAACCAAUAAAGACUGCAAAGAGUGCAGAGUUGGUUGGGUCAAAAAUGAAGACGCUUGCGUAGACGUGGAUGAAUGUUCAGAGGAGACUAAUCCUUGCAAAGAGGAUCGCUUCUGCCUCAACAGCGAUGGCUCUUAUUCCUGCAAAGCGUGUGAUUCCAGUUGUUCGGGAUGCACGGGAGAAGGCCCGGGAAGGUGUAAAGACUGCACGGGGGGCUACACCUUGGAAGACGGAAUGUGUGUCGAUAUCGACGAAUGCUCCCAAGUCGAGAAGAUGUGUGGAAAAGCGAACCAAGACUGCGUCAAUACCCCAGGCAGCUACACCUGCGUCUGCUCUGUUGGCUUUGAAGAGAAGGACGGUUCUUGUCUUGCAACUGUAAAAGCAGACGGCGAAGAGGCAGAAGCGGCCGAACCCCCACCCCGAGAAGACUUAUGAUGUCCGUUCCGAAGGGCCCGGGAUCUGGCCCAGGGACCUACGUUUAAAUUAUUCAGACUGAGGUCGGGUACCCGCCGGGUCGGCCAGGCAAGGUAACCGAGCCCCGUUCAUCGUGCCCGGAAACCGCCCGGCAGAGACGCGGCGGAUGGCCGGUCGGACCUUAACGCUGCAUUUCUUUCUCCUUGAAAAGAUGGUCCUCUAUUUUGAUACUGUUCUUUGUAAUAAAAUUGACCCCUCUCGGUGACGGUGGUAGGCAAGAACAGACCAGCCUGUGGAUUUAGGCAUUAAAUGGUGCCCAAGCUGU